UUUCCCGUAAUCUAUUCAACAUUUUCAUCAGAAAAUCCAUUUUAAAGUCUCCGCUUUUCUCUCCCCACUCACAACCCAACACAACACACUUCCACCACCACUUCCCUAUCGCCGGCUGCCGGCGACUUCUCCUUUUCCGGUCAUCCUACUAAAUCUGCGAUCUUCUGUUAGCCGGAGAAGGAUUAUUGUUUGUUAUAUAAGAUAUAUGACGUCGGGAACAAGGUUGCCGACUUGGAAGGAGAGAGAGAACAACAAACGUAGAGAAAGACGGCGGCGUGCCAUCGCCGCUAAAAUAUUUGCCGGACUCAGAGUUUAUGGAAACUACAAGCUGCCUAAGCACUGUGACAACAACGAGGUUUUGAAAGCCCUUUGUAAUGAAGCUGGUUGGAUUGUCGAAGAAGAUGGCACCACUUAUCGUAAGGGUUGUAAACCGGCGGCGAGAGUGGAGGCUAACGGUGGAUCAGGAUCAACAUCCGCCAGUCCAUGUUCAUCAUCAUACCAACCAAGUCCAAGUCCAAAUCCUUCCUACAAUCUAAACCCUAAUUCAUCAUCUUUUCCUAGCUCAGUCUCAUCCCUGUAUACAAACAGUAAUCCCGACCCUAAUUCUCUUAUCCCAUGGCUAAAAAACCUCUCAUCAGGUUCUUCACCUUCAUCAAAUUUCCCCCACCAUCUCUACUUCCCUGGUGGCUCAGGUUCCAUAAGUGCUCCAGUCACACCUCCAUUAAGCUCACCCACCUGCCGAACACCUAGAAUGACCGACAUCCCCGGGCAGGCCGGGCAGCAUUACCCUUUUUUACCUUGUUCCACCCCUCAAAGCCCCGGGCGGCAAACACCGACCGGGUCAGGGUGGCUCUCGGGGGUCCAGACCCCGCAAGACGGGCCAUCCUCACCCACUUUUAGUCUUGUGGCAUCGAACCCAUUUGGGUUGCUUUCGGGUACCGGGUCCCGGAUGUGGACCCCGGGGCAAAGCGGUACGUGCUCGCCAGCUGUCAUUGCAGGGUUUGACCAAAAUGCGGAUGUUCCUAUGUCGGAUGUGAUUUCGGCUGAGUUUGCUUUUGGGAGUAAUAUGAAAGGUUUAGUGAAACCAUGGGAAGGUGAGAGGAUUCAUGAAGAAUGUGUUUCUGAUGAUCUUGAGCUCACCCUUGGUAACCCUAGCACUAGGUAAGCAUUCAUAGAUUGAGAUUGCUUGUCUUGAACUGGGACUAAGACUGAUGUCAGUGGUUGUACUAAAUUUAAUUGGACUGACACUGACAACGAGACAAAAAUUGUAAAAGACUUGAUUACUGUUCUUAUCCUCAUCGUUGAAAAUAGCCCUAAAAAGUCUGUCUAGUUUCAAAGUUAGUUUCAAAUGCAGUACGACCUGUUAUGUUAUGUUUUAUACUGUAGGCAUGAUUUAAAAGAUUUAUUUUUCUGUUUUAUUGUAGAUAAGAGGAGUGAAUGUAGAAGGAUGGUGGAGUGUGAAGUGUAUUAUUUUGGUUUCUGCUUUUGCUAAUCCUUCUAAUUCAAGGUAUUCAUUGUUGUUUUGCAA